CAAAGAAUUGGAAACUCUCAGAGCGGCCUCUUGCUCGCUCUCUAUCCUUCUCACCUCUUUGCAGAGGUAGUUCUACUGUAUACAACGUAUUUAUAGGUUGUGUGAGGCUCUGAGGACAGUUCUGGGAGAGGAAAACCUGAAGAAGCAUCUGAAAUCUUGAUAGACAAAGAAACUCAGCUGUCCCCAUUGAUCGGCUCACAAUGAAGCCGGUGAUUGUCCUCCUUGUUUCCACCGCCUGGGCUUUCACUGGAGCACAGUAUUACUACCAGGGGCUGAUGGAUUAUCUGGAGAACAGGUUGUUGGCUAUUGAGGACCGCAUGCUGUUGUGGCACGGACAAUCCCAUCGCUACCACACGGAGCUGCUGGAUUUCAAAAAGCUGACUGCUGAGGCCAUGGAUGGGCUGAGAAAUGAGUUCAGCAUGAUGUCCAAAGACCUUGAAGGAGCUGCGGUCCGAGUGGACCGGGUGGAGCGAGAGAUGGACUACGUGGAGACCCAGACUUCCCCUCGGGCGUGUGCGAAUAAGGCGGACAAGGUGGUGGAGCAGGGAGCCUGGGGGCUGGAGGAGAGCAGAGGAAAGGAAGAGGAGGAAGAAGACUGGGAGGAACUGCACUCCAGAGUCUCUGACUGUGUGGACAUCAUCUCUGGCAUCAGAUCAGUGAAGAUCCUGAAAAGAGUUGGCAGUCCCAAGGGCAUGUGGACCAGAGAUCCCAGGUCGUCCAAGGUCUACGUCUUUAACGGGACGUCAGGGGACAACAUCUACCAGUUCAAUUCUGUACGCGACUUUUCUCGCUCUCCUGGCGUCACCGGCAGCCGACAGAUCAGGCUUCCCUCUGAGUGGGGCGGUCCUGGCAGCGCCGUCUAUAACGGCUAUUUGUACUACAUACAGCAGGACACAGAUACGGACAUGCAGGUGGUCAAGUAUGACCUGCUGAGUGGCUCAGUGACAGAUGCCGCCAUAUUCCCAGUGGAGAGCCACGCUACCGUUUACAACCUCAACCCAGAAACCGUUGCAGACCUCGCAGCAGACGAUGAAGGUCUCUGGCUCCUGUACGCCAGCAGCGACAGUGAGCCAAACAUCAACCUUGCGAAGAUGGAUCCCGCCACGCUCGAUAUAGAACAAAUCUGGGACACCCGGUGCCCACGGGAGAACGCAGAGGCGGCUUUCGUAGUCUGUGGGACCGUCUAUGUCGUCUACAACACCCGCCUGGCCAGCCGCUCCCGAAUCCAGUGCCUGUUUGACGUCAACGACAUGGUGGUCAGCGAGGAGGCCCCCCUGAUCUACUUUCCCCGGAGGUAUGGAGCCCACGCCAGUCUGAAAUACAACCCUGAGGAGAAACAGCUCUACGGCUGGGACGAUGGCUACCAAAUCAUCUACAGACUGACCAUGAAGAGGAAACUCCUGGUCUGACAGCAGGGAGGCGGUGUCAUGUUUUCAAAGGCAACGAUAAAGAAUAGGCACCGUAAAUUUACGCAUGCUACGCCAAAAGUCUUUCAGUAGCGUGCAGACUCUUCACGGUAGAUUUAAUAAAGAUCACCCAUAACAUCACACAUUUUAAAGCUCUGACGGCCCGCCGGCGGGCCCGGACACUAUUCUGUCCUUCAGAGGUUGUUGCAGGCUGAAUUUUCAAGCUAGUGUGAAGAUACUGGCGUCAUGUGAAACUAGAAAGCCUGAGGAAUCCAUAAAGGUAUGAACCAUGUCAUGCUAGCUUGUUGGGAAGAUCGCUAAGUUAUACAAAACUGGCAUGGCGAUUUUCAAAGGGGUCCCUUGACCUCUGACCUCAAGAU